AUGAGUGGUGGAGAAUUUAACCAUCUAGAACCAGAUGAAUGUUUCGACGAGUUCAUCGAUUUAGCUGAAAAGACUCGUCAGUGGGAUUCAAUGAGGGAUCCCGAAAUAACUAGGAACCCUAUCCAUAGGGUCAAUAGAGUUGAUAAUGGGUCUGAUAUUUUUAGGCGUCUAGAGGCCUUAGAAAUGAACCAAAGGUCUACCCAGACUAUGAGCUGUAACAGUGAGCCCAUAACUUAUCCAUGUACCAUUUGUGGUGACCAAAUUCAUACUGGACCUCAGUGCCCCCUGUUUUACUCGACUGAAACUACCCGUGACCAGGUUAGUGUCCUACAUGAUGGUAUGAACUCUAAAUUUGAGGGUAGACCCAAGUUUGAUCCCUAUUCUAAUACGUAUAACCCUGGUUGGAGACAUAACCCUAAUUUUUCGUGGUCUAAAGGUGCCCAACAGGGUGUCCCAUCUAGCAACCCACCACCAUGUUUUCAUAGGAACCAAACGCAAUUCCAAGAACCAAGCCCAGUUGAUCAUAAGCUGACAUCUUUAGAAGAAUCCAUGAAACUUUUAGCUCAAAGUGUUGUCCAAAGCAACCAAAAGUUCGAUGACUUUGUCCUAAUGAGUCAGCUUAACCAGCAAAAUAAUUCCCAAGCUAUUAGUAACUUAGAGACUCAAAUAAGUCGACUUUCAAACCAGUUAAAUGAUAGGGAGAACGGGACAUUUUCUAGCCAAACGACUCCAAAUCCUAAAGGAGUUAACCAGGUUCAUGGGUCAGGUAGUUCUAACCACAACGAACAUGUCAAAGCAGUUAUCAAUCUUAGGAGUGGUAAAACUCUAGAGAACUCGGUAGAACCACCUAAGGACAAAAGUCCAGCUGAAAAAGAGAAUGACGUUGAACAAACUUCGUCUAAAGACCUUAAUGGGCCCGAGAGUGCUAAGAGUCCAAGUAAGGAAGAUAUCCCUGAGAGAGUGUACAUACCACCCGCACCAUUUUCUCAGAGAAUCGCUAAGAAAAAUCCUAGUACAUAUGCUGAAAUCCUAGACAUCUUUAAGCAAGUUAAGGUCAACCUUCCCUUGUUAGAUGCAAUAAAAUAUGUACCAGCUAUGACCAAGUUCCUAAAAGAGAUGUGCAUUGUCAAGAGAGACGCAGGUGUCUAUAAAAAGGCAUUUUUAACCCAACAAGUUAGUUCCAUAAUCUCACAAAAGUACCCUGUCAAAUUUAAAGAUCCUGGUUGUCCUACUGUCACAUGUGUCAUAGGUAGCCAAAAGAUAGAAAAUGCUCUUUUAGAUCUUGGGGCUAGUGUGAAUCUUUUACCGUUCUCGGUAUAUGAACAACUUGGACUAGGUGAGAUGAAACCAACUAGGAUAACACUACAGUUAGCCGAUAGGUCAGUCAAAAUCCCACGUGGAAUUAUUGAAGACUUUUUGGUUCAGGUAGAAAACUUUAUCUAUCCAGUUGACUUUGUGAUUUUGGACACUCAACAUGUUUGUAGUCAAGAUAUCAAUAUCCCAAUCAUCCUAGGUUGUCCAUUUCUAUCCACUGCGAAUGCAAUCAUACAUUGUCAAACUGGCCUAGUAAAAUUUUCCUAUGGGAAUCAGAAAAUCUCGGUGAAUGUUUUUAAGGCGUUACAAGCCCCACCGGACCCUGAAUACUAUGAGUCUAUAUGCAUGAUUGAUUCUUUAGUUGAGAAUACCUUUACGACUAAUAGUGUUAGCGAUCCUUUAGAGGCCUGCUUGGCCCACUUUGGAGCCUACUAUGAUGAGGAUAGUCAUUUUAAAGAAGUUAAUGCGUUGUUAGACUCUGCGCCAGUAAUGAAUUAUGGGAAAUGGCAGCAUAAACCAGAACCUCUUCCCCCGACCAUAGAUAAACCCCUCCCAUCAUCAGUUAAGGCACCCACCCUUGAACUAAAGCCGCUACCAGAUACACUGAAAUAUGUAUUUCUUGGUAAUGAGAAUACUUUUCCUGCCAUAAUUGCCUCUGACUUAGAGCCCGAUCAGGAAAGUAGACUAGUUAGUGUUCUCCAAUAG